CUUGUUUUUCGACCCCCACAUUCGGAAAAAUAAAAUAAAAUGAUGAAGUUUCAAUAUCUCAACAAAUUCUCAUUCCAUCAAAAUGUUGUAUCGUCCAUCUUUAAAUCAAAAUUAUAUUGGUAUUCUACUGUUGCAUCAUUUAGACCUCAAGAUGCAAGUGUUUCCAUGGUUCAAGGAGCUUCACGAGGCAUAGGCCUUGAAUUCGUCAAGCAGUUGCUAGAGAGAAAUUCGAAAGAACAUGUCAUAGCUACUUGCCGAAAUCCUGAUGGAGCAGCUGGACUGAUUGAGUUAAAAAACAAAUAUUCUGAAAGGCUGCAUAUUCAAAGGUUGGACCUUACCAUUGAAAGCACAAUAGAGGACUCUGCAAGAGCCAUAGGCGAGAGUUAUGGCCACUUAAAUCUCCUUGUUAAUGCAUCUGGCAUUCUUUCAAUACCUGGUGUUAUACAACCAGAAACAACAUUGACUAAACUAGAGAGAUCAUCUUUGAUGCUUGCUUAUGAAGUUAAUGCAGUGGGUCCUGUUUUGGUGACAAAGCAUAUGUGGCCUUUGCUAAAGGUUGGCGGUGGGAGUGGAACUGAAAGAGAUGUUGCUGUUGUUGCUAACAUAAGUGCAAGGGUUGGCUCAAUUGGGGAUAACCGUUUAGGUGGAUGGCACUCGUAUCGAUCUUCCAAGACUGCACUUAAUCAGUUAACUAAAUGUGUAGCUGUUGAAUUUGCACGAAAGAAGGAUCCAGUGAUAUGCAUUCUACUGCACCCAGGAACAGUGGACACAGAUCUUUCUAAGCCAUUCCAAAAGAAUGUUCCGAAAGACAAACUCUUCACUAAAGAAUUCUCAGUACAAAAGCUCUUGAGCAUCAUUGACAGCAGCAAGAGUCAUGACAAUGGCAAAUUCUUUGCUUGGGAUGGUCAAGAAAUUCCUUGGUGAUUGCGGGGAAUGAGGGUUAAAUUCCUGUUCUGCUGCUGGCACAAUACAAGUAUAAUAUACGAAAGCCAUAUAACUGAAGAAUCUUGACAUGAUACCAUCAAUUUUAUCAACUUACCUUACAUGGUGAAGUUAAAAUGCCGCUGCAUACUGACAUAAAAUGUAUUUCCUACAAAAAGAUUCUUGUAGUUACACUACAUGUCUAUUCAAUACUUCGUAAUAAACUGAUCUUAGUGUAAUAUUAUUUUUACUGUG